GGCCGUGGCUUGGGGGAGGAGAUUGGGUGAUUGGCAGCAACGUCGUGGGACCGCCAAGCUGGAAGCCGGAGUAGCCGAGGAAGACGCCUCGCUGCCUGCCUCGCUGCCUCGCGGCUGGGGCUGGGGAUUGAAACCUGCAACCAAGGUACAUGCCCUUGACCAGGAAUCGAUCCCGUGACCCUUUGGUGAGUGGGCUGAUGCUCUAACCACUGAGCUACUGGCAGGGCUCAAGUGUUUUUUAUGGAUCAUGCGCUGCUAUGUACGCCUGAAGUACUUGAAAUGCAAAUCUGGAGACACUUUGCCAUCUAAAUGCUUGGCUGGAUUAAGCGCCUAAUUAGGAUGGUUUUUCAACAGGUUGGAGUAAACAUGCAAUCGGUACUUUGGUCUGGGAAGCCAUAUGGUUCAUCUCGAAGUAUUGUACGGAAAAUUGGUACUAAUUUAUCUCUGAUCCAGUGUCCCAGAGUUCAGUUUCAGCUUACCAGCCCUACAACAGAAUGGAGCCCCAGUCACCCAGGAGAGGAUGCAGUGGCAUCUUUUGCUGAUGUUGGAUGGAUAGCCGAAGAAGAAGGAGAGUGCUCAACAAGACGAAGGACAGAGGUCAGGUCAAGGCAGCCCCUUCAGGAUGACAUUCCUUUCUUUGAGAAACCCCCAAGCAGGCAGCUGUCCUUACCAAACCUGUCUCCAGAAGAACCUCCACUGAAGACGCCCCUGGCGAACGAGGAAGCGCUGCAGAAGAUCUGUGCUCUGGAAAAUGAACUUGCUGCUCUCCGAGCUCAGAUUGCCAAAAUUGUAACCCUGCAAGAACAGCAAACUCUCACUGCAGAUUCUAGCACAUCUGUUACCACAGCACCACCUUCUGUCCCACCACCUCCCCCUCCGCCACCCCUCCCUCCACCAGCGCCCCAGCAGAACACAUCUGCUGUCGAUCUGAUCAGAGAGCGGAGAGAGAGAAAAGCCGGUGCUGGAAAGACGCUGGAUAAGCACAGCCCAAAGAAACCUGCUGUGCCAAACAUGCUAGAGAUCCUCAAGGACAUGAACAGUGUAAAACUUCGGUCGGUAAAAAGGUCAGAACAAGAUACAAAGCCCAAACCUGUGGAUGCUACUGACCCUGCUGCCCUCAUAGCAGAGGCUCUGAAAAAGAAAUUUGCUUACCGGUACCGAAGUGAUAGCCAAGAUGAGGCUGAAAAAGGAGUUCCAAGGUCUGCGUCAGAGGCCACUUCAGAAACAGUGCUGUUUGGGCCACACAUGUUGAAGUCUACAGGAAAAAUGAAGGCUUUAAUUGAAAAUGUUUCAAAUUCCUGAGAAACCUGGUUCAGCUGUUGGUUUGUUAGGCCCGUUUGGCUAAUAGAAAUCAACACUGUUUAGUAAAUACCUGAAUUUAA